UAACCUACUAUCUAUAUUCUAGUUUCACUUUAAGUUUUCUGAAAAUCUAAACUACUUCCGCAAUGUAAACAGAAGGCUAAAAGUGUCUAGACAACAACAACAACAAAGGGUGUUUAUAGAAUUAUUUAAAUAAUGGAAAAGUUGGACGAGUUGCUUUAUUAACAACUGUGACUUGGAAAAAAAAUGAUGGCGUCUAGUGAAGAGAGUGAAGACUCUUCCGAAGAUGGUCCCCAGUACAAUGCUAUAAAACAACCACCGCUGAUCAAUCAACUAAAGAAAAUAUUAGAUGAGUACCCCGACGAUGGUCAGAUUCUUAAGGAAAUUAUACAGAAUGCAGAGGAUGCUGAGGCGUCUCAGAUGAAAAUUCUGUUUGAUGAAAGAAUUGUAAACACCGAAGAUGGAACUAAAGGGAAAAGAUUCAAGAAAUACUUCAAGGGUCCAGCGUUGUGUGUUUAUAACAAUGCUAAUUUUACAAAAGAGGACUGGCAGGGAAUACAGAUGAUUAAUAGCAGUGUUAAAGAAUUUGAUCCUGUAAAGAUUGGACGUUUUGGACUGGGAUUCAAGUCGGUCUUCCAUAUAACAGAUUAUCCUAUGAUAAUAAGUGGUAACACAUUGCUAGUUCUUGACCCUCACCAGAAAAAUUCUACCCGUGUCUGCAUCAAUAUGAAACUGAACAAACUACAUACAUGUAAAUACACGAAGCUUUUGGACGUUUCUUACUGUUUAAAUGCCUUAGAUGGGUUGUUUGGAUUCUCGCAAGGAACACUAGAUUCAGGAGAUUUUGAUGGCACACUAUUUCGUUUUCCUCUUAGGGAGCAGAAAACAAACUUAUCAGAUAAUGUGUAUGACAAAGAGAAGAUAUUAGAUCUCUUCAAUGCUUUUCAAGCAGAGGCAUCCGUGGAACUGUUAUUCCUGAAAUGUCUUGAGAAAAUAGAGCUAUGCUUCAAAGAUGAAGAUGGAUUUUAUACAUCUGAUGAACCCUUCUUUACUGUUGGAAUUACAGAUAACUGUCUCAAUCAAGUUCGCGAAAGAAGAUCACAAUUUCACAGUCAUAUGAAAUCGGUAGGUCUAAAUAUUGCAGAUGAAACAAUGAUGACGACUUUUAAUGUAACGAUUGGAACCAAAGCUGAAUUAGGCGAUAUGACGGAACAAAGCUGGUUUGUCCUACAUUGCCUGAAAGGAGGAAAUGUUUCGAAAGAACUGGCUGAUCUUUCAAAAGAUGAAUCAUUAUCAUACAGUCCAUAUGUCAGCAUAGCUGUUCCGAUGGACAAAGAUCAGGAUUUUAAAGGACAUGUUUUUUGUUUGAUGCCAUUGCCACUGGAAGAUGAAAGUUUGACCGGAUAUCCUGUUCACGUGAAUGGAUAUUUUGCUUUGAGUCAAAACAGACGGCACGUAAAAUGGCCCACUGCUGACCAGACACGUAAUAAAGCUCACAUAGAUAAAUCAAUCAGAUGGAACAAACUUCUAGUUGUUGAAGUCUUAGCAGAUGUUUAUCAUGCAGUUAUUCAAGGCCUGAUUCAAACUUGCAAGAAAAAUGGAAAUGCCGCGAAUCAACUGCAACUUAUGUACAAAUCAGUACCCGAUCAUAUAAAAAUAACUAGUCACUGGGAUCUUAUAGUUGACCCUUUCUUCGAGGAACUUCUGAAGACACCGUUUUUAUACUCUAAUAGCUGUGGAGGGAAAUGGAUAUGUCCAGAUGAAGCUGUAUUUCAAAUUUUUGAGGGCGAGGUUUCAGAUGAAGUUAAACAGACAAUAUACAAUAUAAUGCAGAAGUACAACAUAGCUUUGGUUGAUGCUCCUGAUCAUAUUGUUGCUGUUCUGAAAGAGAGAACGAGCAAAGUACAAACAUUGUCAAGAGAAUUCGUAAGCACCUGCUUAAAAUCAGAUUCCUCAUACGAAAACAUUUCAAACCAGGAGAAAAUUAACCUUUUAGACUAUUUGAUUUCUGAUGACGACUAUUCAAGAUUAUUAGGAUUAAAUCUGCUACCUUUGAACAACGACACCUUCUGUAACUUCACCAAUAAGAAUCAAACGAACAAUGUAUUUGUAUGUAAAGAAGAGGUAUUGUUGUUUCCUGGUCAAGAAGAGAAGUUUGUAGAAGUUAAACUGAAAGAGGGAAUUUACAACAGAUUUUUGACAAUGGCUAAGAAAGGUCUUUACCAAUUAGUUCGUCUUCAGGAUCUCUCUCCGAGUGAUAUCGCCAGCUUACUUCAAGAAUCCAUAGCAAAAUACAUAGGAGCGACAUCUAACAGAUCUUAUCAGUGGCGACAGACAGAACCAGUAGGAAUGGUCUGGAUUAAGAAAGUAUGGUCUUACAUUCAGCAAUAUGAUUUGAGUCAUUUUAGUCAUAUGCAUUUGAUUCCUGACACUAGAACACAUGAGUUAUACAAAAUAUCUACCAUCUUUCUUUUGAAGUCAAAUGGAUCAUGUGAUAUCCCGCCUGAUGUGUGUAAUUGUUUGAGGUAUUUUGACAUUGUUAUCCUUGAUGAAAUUCCUGCUGAAAUUGAGGCUCAUAAGAACAUUCGUAACUUUGUAUAUCUACCAACCGUAGAAAAUGUUUUCAAAACCAUAGCAAAUGUCCAGACAUGUGGAAAUACCAGACAGUUUGUAAACAAGUUCAAUUCCUCUGUAACAGAAACUGAAAGAUUGCAGUUUGUAGUAUACAUUUCGGACUAUUCAAAGAUGAGCAAUAGUUUGAUCAGCCUUCUGUCUGAUCUGAAUCUGUUUAAAGAGAAGAAUUCAUGUCGAUUUGUGUCGAUAAACCAAGUGAAGACGAUUGCUGAAUCUGAUGAUCUACCAGUAAGGUACUUCAGGGAAACGCUAGACUGUUCUGACCAUUUAUAUAGAAACCUUGCAAAGCUGUUGCAAGCUGAAAUCAUUGGCAAAGAAGAUGUUAUCAUUGAAAUUCUGAAGAAUCUGGAAAAAGAAUAUGAUUCCAAUGACAGGAACACAAUGGUCGAAUAUGUUCUAAACAAUCUAUCACUCUUUCAUAAAAAGGAAGAGAUGCUGGGUAUAGCCAAACACUUAGAAUUUGUAAACAACAAAGUUAGUCAGAAGAAAAAAGCAUCACAACUGUUUGAUCCGGAGGAUGAAAUUAUAAGCCUGGUAAUACUAGACGAUAAAAGAUUACCAGAUACCCAGAACUUACCGAUUAGUCUGCAACUGCUUCGAAAACUUGGUUUAAAAUCAUGGCAUUGUAUUACAGCGGAAGACAUCCUUUCUUGUGCAAAACACAUACAGGAAAAUUCAAAAUGUUCAGACGAGAAACAACGAUCGGACAAAUUAUUACAUCUUUUACAUAAAGCAAGUGGGCUACUCAAUAGCAGUGUCGAUGGCAUGCAACUGUCUGAACAACUUUUAAACAUUGAAUUUAUUGCACCAAGUCCAAGAAAAGAUAAUUUUCCAAAAUCAUUGCAAUGGUUAUCUGAGACGUCAACAACUAUGUUUUAUCGACCUUGCGAUCUGAUUAACAGUAAAUAUACUAGAUUGGUAGGAAGUGUUAAACCUAUUUUGAUCCCUAGUACUACUGACAAUUUAGUAGACAUAUUUGGCUGGAACAAAGAGCCGAGUUCUACUGAUGUGAUCGAUCAGUUACUUGUUAUUACAAAAAGUUACGAAGACAGAAAUAAACCAGAACUUCUCCCCGUUAUAAACGACAUCUACAAGUUUUUGUCUUCUCGGUCUGAGCCAACGAAUGCUUUUCAACAUUUAACUUCUAAGAAAUGGAUUUGGACAGGACAUGGAUUUGAAUCAUCAGAUAGAGUUUAUUUGCAGACUGAUCCGAACGAUAUUUACCUGCACCCGUAUAUGUACCCAUUACCUACUGAGUUCCACGAUCCAGUUCUACUAAAGUUCUUUAGAAAAAUGAAUUGUAUAGAAGAUCAAAAUACAAGGUUAUUAAUCAGAGUACAAACAAUGAUCCGAGAUAAAUAUAAAAGAGGUAGAGAAACAGUACAGAAGGCAAAGACAGAUCUUCUUCUUGUUGUUAGCAUUUUAAAUAUCUUGAAAGAUGCUAAUGAAGCUGAUAUUGAAUCUGUUUUGCUUCCAAUUCAACAACGAGAUGAGCGCAAAGUUAUAUUGAAACCUAUAAAGGAAUGUAGUUAUUGUGAGGAUGAUGAUGACAUAUAUGGAGAUGAAAGAGAUUUUGUGCACCAUAUGGUACCUCGUGAAGCUAUUGCGAAAUUCGGUGUUCCUUCUGUAGCCGACACGUUGCUUGAAGAUACGGAACAAUUGGAAGAAUGGGGACAAAGUGAACCUCUGACUCGGAGAAUCAAAACUCUACUGGAUGCUUAUAGAGAUGGUCUGUCAGUUCCAAAAGAAAUAAUUCAAAACGCUGAUGAUGCUGGGGCAACAGAGGUGCGUUUCUUGUAUGAUGAACGUGAUGGAGAAAAAUAUGGUCGAAAAUUAUUGGACAAAAAUAUGUUUGAUUGCCAGGGACCAUCACUUUGGGCAUAUAAUAAUGCUAGAUUUUCCACUGACGAUUUGAAAAAUAUAACAAAACUCAAUGGUGCAACAAAAGAAGCAGAUACAACAAAGAUCGGGAAAUUUGGACUCGGAUUUUGCUCUGUUUACAACUUAACAGAUGUUCCAAGUUUUGUAACAGGAAAUCAAAUGGUAAUAUUUGAUCCUCACUAUGAGUAUCUUGGAGAUGCAUUGAGGCGUAAAAGGCAACCGGGAUUGAAAAUUGACUUCAAACGGAACAAAAACAUUUUAGAAAGGAAAUACUCUCAGUUUGAGCCAUACAAUGGAGUAUUCGGUUGUAAUUUAAAUGUUGAGCAAGACGAAAUUUCAUUUGAUGGAACUUUAUUUCGCUUGCCUUUAAGAACAAGAAAACAAGCAGGUGUCAGUGAGAUCAGUGACGUACCAUAUGAUCAUAGGCAAAUGAUCAGCUUGAUGAAAAUAUUGAUGGAAUCAGGAGGAAAUCUUUUGUUGUUUACACAAAACGUGUCUAAAGUUGAAUUCUAUCAUCUACCAAGGACAGAACAAAAUCCAGCAAAUGCUACCCUUUUGUACACUGUACAUAGACAUAUAGAGCCGUCGAUUAAAAGACCAAUCAGCAAAGUAUCUUCAGAGAGUACAUUUUCGAUACUAAAAUCUUUGGCAGAAUUUCUUUCAAUUAAAAAGAAAGAAAAUGCAACAGAAAUACCAAUAGUCCAAAAGAGUAUAUUAUUUCAAAUAUCAAUUACAACUCAUGGCAAGUUAUCUGAUUUCAAAAUAGAGGCAAGUUCUUCAACAACACCGUGGUUUGCAGCAUGGGCUACUGGCACUGACAAAAGUAAAGAUAUGGCAUUGAAAUCCUCUAAAAAGGGAGUCAUACCAUUGGCAUGUAUAGCGUGUCCGCUUACAAAAUUGGAAAACGGGACAUUUAAGACGCUGAAUCUAGAGUAUCUACCAGAUGGGUUCUACAAAAAAGGUCAUAUUUUCUGUUUCCUUCCUCUUCCAGUUGAAACCAACUAUCCAAUUCAUAUAAAUGGAUCUUUUGCCGUUACUUCAGAUCGUAGGAAUAUUGUCUAUAAAGCUGUUGAUGACAAAGAUUCUUUUGAUAACGAUUGGAAUGAAGCUUUAAUGAAUGAUGCUGUAUGCAAUGCGUACAUUUUACUUCUGGAAAACCUGCCUCACUAUAACAUCGAUCAAAAUGAACCAUACUACAAACAGUGGCCCGUGCAGUAUGGACCAGAUACCAGCAUUGGAGACCUGCAGACGUCAUUUUAUCAGAGAGUAUCAGAUAUAAGAAAAAGAACAAAGGUAUUUCGAAGAUCUAGCACUAUUACUCACAUUGGCCCAUGUAAAUUUCUAGAUAAUGAAAUUAUGAAAACUGAGUUUGCAGAAGAAGCUUUUAGUGUCUGUGUAAAGCUACUAGAAGAUGACAACACUAAAAUGAUGAAAUUACCAAAGGAAAUUCAGGAAUGUUUUAAAGCUGCAAGAUGCGCAGAAGUGGUUGCGAAAAGAGUAAUGAAUAGAAUAGAUUUUUUUUCAAACCUAGUAUUUCCACAUUUGAAGGAUAAUGUUUGGAAUGAACACACAACAGAUAUGCUUAUGUUGCAUGCACUAGACAAUGCCUCUGGUAAAAUGAGUGAUAUGUUAAAAGAACACAGAUGUAUUCCUACAACCCCAAAUAGAUUGUUUAGACGUCCGUCAGAACUUAUAGACAGAAAAGGAGAGCUAAAAGGGCUUUUCAAAGAUGAAGAUGAGAGAUUUGUUAUUGAUGAUGAGAAUAUGUUCUGCAAGAAUAGCCGACUAAAGACGUUGAAUAAGUUGGGUAUGGCAACAACAACACUUUCUGACGAACUUCUUAUUGACAGAGCAGUUUCAAUACAGUCACUUGCUGCCAUAUGUUCACAUUGUGGAUUAGAUCGAUGCACACAAUUUGUUCAAUAUUUGAAUAGAGAACUACCUUCAAUCCAAAAGAAGUCAGACUUAUUUAGAAAACUUCAGUCGAUACAGUUCCUACCAAUUAAGAUCAAAUCAAAUGACUGGCUUUUGUCAUGGGGACGUGACAAAGUUUCAAGGGAACAAGAUUUGAAAGGAGUUAAAUACAUAUGUAACACUAAAAAUCACAACAAGUUUGAACUGCGAUUUGAAAAACCACAAUUACUGUAUAUGCACACGAUUAGGGAACUCGUGUGCUCAAUUCAACCAGUUCUAGAUGAGAAUUGUUUUUCUACAGAUAUUGAUCGCCAAAAUUUUAUCAAGUUAGGUGUCCGACCAAAAGUAGCACCAAUUCUUGCAAUGGAAAAUUUGUUAGAGAUAAGUCAGAGUGCUUCUUGUAAUGAAAUUAUUUCUGGUAAUUUGGAACUUAUAAACAGUACAGUGUAUACAAUUUACAAGUUCAUUAAUGACCAGUUCUUAAAAUACCAGAAUGACAGUAGCAAACGCUUCCCAGAAAUUGCAGAACGUUACAAAAAUGAACGUAUAUUACUUUUGAAUGAUAUGUUUGUUAAACCAAGCCAAGUAGUAGUUCAUAGUACAGAAGAUUGCAGUCCUCAUUUCUACACAUUGAAUUCAAACAAACUAAAGUCAAUGAAUGGACUGAUUGAUUGUCUGCAAAUAGAGGAAAGAUGUUCCUCUGAACGAGUGUUGUCAGAACUUUUGUCCUACAAGAGUCGUUUUGGUGAGACAAAAAUGGCUGACGCUCAUGUAAAAUUGUAUGUGCGGCUACUUAAGGUAUUAGUGGAGGCAAUGCAGAUAGAAAAAUUGACAGCAAGUGCAGUAAAGGAUCUUUACAUUCCUGAUACAACAGGAGUUCUUUAUCCCAUACAUAGAGUUUGUAUUGAUGGUAAUGUCCGUUCAACUGCAAAUAUGCACUUUACACAUGCCAGUAUAUCACAUGAAAUAUCAUUAGCUCUAGGAAUCAGUACAAAGCGUCAAUUCAAAGUAGAAGAAUGUUCGAGAGAUCUUUUUUCACAAGACUUUGGUCAGCAUGAGGAAUUAAUAACCAGAAUCAAGAGAAUUUUGACAGGAUAUCCAUGCGAUGCCGGAGUGCUGAAAGAAUUACUUCAAAAUGCAGACGAUGCUAAAGCAUCUGAAGUUCACAUUGUACUUGAUUUUAAUAGUUAUCCUACUGAAAAUUUGUUAUCAGAGAAAUGGAAACCUCUACAAGGACCAGCCAUACUUGUUUACAACGACAGUUAUUUCUCAGAGGCGGAUCUAAAGGGGAUUCAAAAUCUAGGAAUAGGAAGUAAAGUAGAAGAUCCAACAAAGACUGGACAGUAUGGGGUUGGAUUCAAUGCAGUUUACCAUCUUACUGAUGUACCGUCUUUCUUAACACGUGGAGACGAAGUUGAAACAGGAGAAAUACUUUGUGUGCUUGAUCCACAUUGUCACUAUGAUGAUAAAGCUACAAGUAGAAAUCCUGGAAGAAAAUAUAUCAACACAAAAAUUUUGAGAGAAGACCACCCGAAUGUCUUUAAUUGUUAUCAUGAUACUUUGCUCAUGACAAAGAAGAAGAAGAAAGGGAAAAGUAAAGCUCAAGGAACUAUAUUUAGAUUACCACUCAGAACAGCGAUAUUCACUGAAAAUUCUCAAAUAUCGAAGAAUGAAAUUACCAAAGAGUUUGCUAAUGACCUUUUAAGAAAUUUUAAGCAUGAAAUGUCAACUAUGCUCCUUUUUGUAAAUAGCGUUAAGACCAUUAAAUUUUCCGAAAUAUCUGACGGCGAGUUAGUAGAGAUGUAUUCAGUUCAGAUGAAUCUAUCUAAACCGGAUGAAGAAGAUCGCCUAAAAUUUUAUGAAAAGAUUGAAAAAAAUUCAUGCUUACUUCGUGAGAACAAAACUCUUGAUUGCCUGAUUCCAGACGAAAUAAAUUACAUUGCUGACAUAAAUGAUAGUUUAGGGGAAAAGAAUAAAUGGCUGAUAGUUAGACGAUUGGGAUUUUCAUUGAGCACAUCUUGUCCACAGAGUAUACAGGAUGCGUACCAAAACGGAGAUCUAGGUUUACUUCCACGAGGAGGUGUAGCCGUGCCGAUACAAUCUAUAACCACGAACAUCAUGACUCGUGGACGAAUAUUCUGCUUUUUGCCACUUCCACUUGAAACAGGACUUCCAAUUCACGUGAAUGGACAUUUUGCGUUAGAGCACGAAGCUAGAAGGAAUUUGUGGACAGAUGAAGAAAAAGGUUACCGUUCAGCAUGGAAUAAUCAUUUGAUAAAUGACAUAAUAGCACCAUCUUAUGCGUUAGCGUUGCUGAAAAUGAGGGAUGAAUUGGAUCUCCAAACAGGCAGACCUGAUAAAAAACGUCAGCUCAACAGGAAGCUAAAUUUAUUUCAUAGCUAUUUACCAAAUUUUGGAGAAGCAAAGAGUGAUUACAUCCGUUUGAUUGUUUGUAGUUUUUACCGGUGGAUUUUUUUACAUGAAAUUCCUCUUUUUCCCUUCAUGACAUCAAUAUGUCAAGACGAUGCCAUAGUGCAGUUUGUUCCGUUGGCAUGUCGCAAAACGUCAUUUCCGUGUGUGUACAAUUCUUUGGAAGAGCAAGAAUCAUUUGAAACAGCUGGCGAUAUGAGCAGUGGCAUAUCAGAUCGGGUGAAAAACUUAAAAGAAAAAUCCAAGAAAAAAUCACCAAAUGAUCAUUCGGAUUUAGUACAUAUGUUUAAAAGAUUGGGAAUCAAACUUCUGAGUUUUCCUAAACACGUAUUACGUGGUUUAAAGCAGGCCGAAAUUGAAAUCAAAGCAAUAUCACCUACUUUCGUUCUUCUUUUUCUGAAGUCUUACAAUUCAGCAGAAGAUGGUUCUUGUCAGCUGAAGGCAGUAGACAAAAUGGUGAAUGAAACAGUAUUCCAAAAUAUGGUUAAUGUAAAAAAAUGCAUCAAAUAUUGCCAAGGCAGUGAUACAUUCAACGAUGAAUUAGAGGACUUGCCGCUUUGUGUGACUGCUGAUGGAAUUCUUAGAGCAUUUAAGCAUGAAAGACCUAUAUAUUGGUCGCGCUUCAAUAGUAUUGUUCCGGAAUCCAACCAUCGAUUUAUUCACAACGAUCUUUAUCCUCUUCUUACACCAUCGAUAUCUAUGCAUUGUCUAAUACAUUUUGAUUUACAAGCAUUUGCCUCAGUUCUGCCAAAUACUUUAGCAGCAAGAAAAUACAAAACACAAGAAACUGUCGUUUCUUGGAACGCUGAAAAUGAUGAUAUUCCAAAUAAAAACUGGUUAGAAAAUGUCUGGACUUACAUUGAUUCUGUAACAGUUCAGUCGCACCUUAUUGCUUCACCAAAGCCAGAUGAAUCUGAAAAAAUAUUAGGUCCACUUCAAGCAUGGUGUUUAGUUCCUUGUAGACAGUCGGAUAGUACAUCAAACGAAGGCCACAGGUUUGAUGUUCUGUUUCCAGUUUGCAAAGCUAAAGUUGUUUUAGAUUUACAAUCUUUUAAGGGACCAAUUGAAACUGCCCUUGAGCGUCUUGCAUUGCCAUGUCUUGAUGAGAACUUUAUUAGUCAACCAAAAAGCAUACUCCACAAACUUGUAGUUUCGUUUGAAAACCCACAAGCUCUAUUGUGCUACCUUCAUGAAUACAGAAAUGACCUUAAAGAUAGAACCAUAAGGUCUAAGGAUAGUUUGGGGAUACUGGAAUUUAUUUCUCAAAACUUAGACGAGAUUCUAAAAGACGCAAAUGAAGACGAUUUGCUGAGUAAAAUAAAAGAAUUGCCGCUUCAUGUCACAAUAAGUGGUCAGAAAGUUAGCUUAAAUACAACUUCCAAGGUGCUGAUACUGGAUCAGUAUGUAUCUAAAGAUAUUGUUACUGAUGGAUUGAAGGAUUGGGCAUCAAAAACUGGAACAAUAUUACUGAAGUCCACACAACAUUUGAAAAGUCUUUAUAUAAGGCUGGGAUUCACAACAGAGAAAUACGAGGCUAUAGAUGUGUAUUCUAACUUUUUAUUACCAAAGUUUGACUGUUUGCCACAAAAAUACCAUCUAAGUCAUGUAAAAUUUAUUCGUGACAAACUAUUGUCGGUAUCUCUAGGUCAAACAUUUAGCAAGAAGCAAAACAAACUGAUAGCAGUUUUGAAACAAACUGCAUUUGUACAAGCUACAAACGGGAAAUUAUUCAAAGCGUCACAUUUUAAGAGCCCAUUUAAUGAUGUAAUGAAAUUGAUGUGUAGCCCUGAUCAAUUUCCAGCUCCACCGUUCUCAGACAAACAAUGGGAUGAAUUCCUCAAGAUUGCUGACAUUAAAUUCAAAGUAACUCCUGAAAUGAUCGUCGACUUUGCACGCUUAGUAGAAGGUUUAGCACAGAAUGGAAUCACUGAAGAAGUCCGAAAUAAAUCAAAGACGCUCGUUGGUCAUAUCUUGUCUCGUGAAAAUGUAGCUAGUGAAGGUGUUUUACGGAACAUAAGUACAAUAAGAUUCUUACUCCCAUAUAAAGCUGAAGAUUGGCAAAACAAAAUUUACAAACAGAAAGAUAGAGAGCUAAUAUGUUUCCGUGAUUCUGUGCCACAAUCUGUAGCUUAUUUGGCAUGGACUACUUGUUCCAUUCUUCCUCAAGAAGCUGACCCUUAUCGAGACAGAGCAAACUUAGACAAGAAACAAAAAGAAAUACAGAGUCAGUUAGGUAUUCACAAUGAGCCACCAAUUGAAAGAGUAAUGGAACAUGUACAAAACAUAUGUGAUGCAUUAUAUACAAUGGCAGAUCUAAACCUUAUUGAGGAUUCUCGUGUAGGUUACAUUCAAGACAUGAUGAAGAAAAUUUACAAAUUUCUCAAAAGUAAAAUGAAUAAACAUUCUGAAUGUCUGAAGAAUCUCAGCAAAACACCAGUGGUUUUUAUACAAGAUUCAAAGAUGUUUGUCACAUGUGAUAGGACUGUAAAAUCUUUCGAUAGUAACAACGAAACUGAAAUCAGACCAUAUCUUAUGCGAGUUCCAGAUGAAUAUGGGGAAUUCUUCAAAUUAUUUCAGCUUCUUGGUAUGACAACUAGUACGUCCGUCUGUAACUACGUGAGAGUACUCGAAUGUCUACAUUCGGAAGUUGGAGAGGAACAUCUAAACAUUAACGAGCUCAAGAUAGUACGAAUGGCUUCUCAACAGCUACUAAAACAUCUUUUGGAUGUCAGCAAUGCUGAUACAGAAACGUUGAAGAAGAUGGAUACUCUGUUCUUGUUAACUCGCCUACAAACACUGCAAAAUGCAAAAACGCUUGUUCUUUCUGACAACAAGGACUUCGAAGAAAAAAUUGGAUCCGAAAUCGGAAUGCCAUAUGUUAUGGAAUUCAGUCAACUUGGCAUUUUUAUUCAAGGAAGUAUAUCAGAAAGACUUAAAAAGUUACCUGAAAAGAUGCAACCUAACAUUUUAUCUGAUACGAUAUCUAAAGAACUUUCUGCCGACAAUCUAGUAAGAGUACAAGAUGGGCGAGGAAAUGGGUUAAAAGAUUUCUUUACGUCUCAUCAGUUUACAGAAGGUGUUGUUAGAAUAUACGUCCAAUACUGCAAGCAGCAUCUUCGAGCAAAUCAGAUAAAUAUUAAUCAGGAUCAGGUCGAACAGCUAGUUAAUGGUAUUAGAUGUUUAAGAAUAGUACAGGUAGAAUCCAUUUUACUCAGAUUAGUGUUCAAAGGCAAAACAGUAGGACAUAGCGAAAAAUCAUGUUUUUUCAAGAUGAAGUGUAAUGAAACGAAUAAUGAGCAUGUUCUGUAUUGUGCUUUCAAAGAAAAGAGUCUACAACAAUGGUUGGUCGACAACUAUGAUUCAGUAGGGCAAGCCUUAAAAAAAUGCACUGACGAUCGCUUUGAGGACACCAAUGGUCUCUUAAUGAAGAUCUUAACACGGAUUGACAAACCAAGUAGCAUAUCAAAAGCAUUGGACGAAGCGGGUAUACUAGAAUACAAAUUUGCUUGUAAUUCACAUGAUAAUUUGUUUCCUCCAGCUGGUACCGUUGUCAAUCAAAAUCGACAUAGUUUUCUUGACAGUAGCUUUACAAAUUUCACCAUCGGAGAAUAUGUAGCUCUCUUAAUAAGCGAGGAAACUGUAACCAAUCGAAAGUUUGUUCCUGCAGUUUACAUUUACGCCAUUAUUGUCAAAAAGUUAGAGAGUGAUACGUCAAAUACUAUUCUGGGAAACACUCUUUGCAUGUACGAAGUGGAUGUUGGAAAUGGCAAUAUUGAACAAAGGAAAGCUUAUGACUUAUUCAAGUUUAAUCGUAAAAACGCAGAUGGUAACCAAUUUAACGGACAAGAACCAAGUGCGUCAAAAGAACUUGAAGAGUUUGUAGAGAUUUCCGGUACAGAAAAAGAUGAGCGACCUCUUGAUGAUAUUUUAAAAGAGGUUAAAGAGCAAGUCAAGGCAGCUUGGACACUACCCGAAGACGAAAGACGAAAGGUUAUCAAAAGGUUGUAUAAAAAAUGGCAUCCUGAUAAAAACCAUGGUAACGAAAAAAAAGCAACAGAAGUAUUCAAAUAUUUACGGAAAAUUGUUUUGCAACUGGAAAGAGGAGAAGAUAUUGACAGUGACAAAACUUCAGAUUCGUCAAGCUCGAGAUCUAACUUCUAUGAAAAUUUCAAGAGUUAUCAUUCAAAUGACAGAAGCAGAUCAAAAUUCUAUUCGAAUUUUAGACAUUAUUCAGAUGACAAUUCCGGCAGGUAUGCAGGAAGUCACUCGACGUUUUGGUCAGAUUUUGGACGAUGGGAAUAUGAUACAUGGGAAGAUAGUUAUUACAGAAGCAGUCAAGGGAAUAGGUCAAGAGGAACAAGACAGCAAACAAGAGAUGAAAAGGUUCCAUCGGUAGCUGAAGCUAGACAGUGGAUGCGACAAGCAAAAAUGGAUUUCACAGCUGCUGACCAAUUUUUCCCACACGCAGUAUCUGGACAACACUAUAAUUGGAUUUGCAUUAUGUGCUAUCAGUGUGUUGAAAAGGUAUUGAAGGCUAUGCACUACACGAAAGAUUGCAACAAUGUACCUAGUACACACGAUUUAAAUAAACUUAUGUUUGGCCUUAAUAUGGAACUUCAGACUAAGGUGAAACAAUUUAUGCUAUUGGUUGGACCACGUGAUAGAACAAUGUACCCAGAGCGCAUGAAUAUUCCGAAAAUACCAGCAGACGUUUAUACUAAGGAGACGGCAGAAUCCGCCCGAGAUGUAACAAAGGAAAUACUUGAAUUUGCUGCAGAUUUGUUAUAACUUUUAAAGGCUUUUAAAAGGUUUUCACAGAUGAAAACAGAAGACAAAUGGAUUAAUUAGACAUUGUAAAAACAUACUGAUACACUUUAAACUUCUGACAUUCUGUUCUAGUUUGAUUGUGUGAUUUGUUUUAAUUAUUAGCACAAGAGAAGAAGAACACUUAUAUAUGGUAGCUAUGAUAGAAAUGGAUUGACUAUGUAUAUUUUGUCUAAAGAUUAACCACAUAGUAUUAUGUAUUUAUAAAUAGUUGUAAUGUGUAAAUUAUAUUUCAGUUAAAUAUGUUAUUUAAUAGAUAUCUACUUUCUAUAUAAAUAGGAAAUUGAGGAAAUCAAUCGUUCAUUGAAAAGACAUUAGAUUUAUCUGAUAUAGAAAAUUGUAUAGGAAAGUUUUUGUCAUAGGUUAAUCUUGAAUUACUCCAUAAACGUAUGAUAGAUAAAUAAUGUUUUCUUGAUUUAAUUAUCAUAAUGAGUAAUAGAAGUACAUUAAACAGUUACAUAUUGCAUGGAGCUAAGUUUUUUAUAUCAGCAAUUGAAGAUUUGUAAAAAUAGUUCUAUGACAUCACAUUUCAUUUUCAAAGAUUCAAUUUUCCAAAUCUUGUAUGUAUAGAAAUUGUAGAAUAUUUUGUAUUGGAGAUUGCAUUAAAUGUGUGUUUAUGUUAUAAUUACUUCGAUCUUAUUAAUUAUGUGUUUAUGUUAUAACUUCUUACCUAAAUCUCAUUACAUAUGUGUUUAGUUUAACUACUUACUGAAAUCACAUUAAAUAUGUGUUGAGGUUUUUAUAAUAACUUACUGAGAUCGCAUUAGCUAUGUGUUUAGGUUAUCCAAUGAGUUCACAGAUUGAUAUCAUAAAUAAUCACUUGUACAGAGUGGCAUAAUUUAAGGAACUUAUUUUUUUUUACAUUUGAUUGAAAGUUAUGAAUAAAAUGAAAUGUUGGAUGUACCAAAAAGAAAAGGAUAACCCAACGUCUUUUGAAGGUCGACGUAUAUGGUAAAAGAUAAGACAGGUGUCUUUACAAUCAUGUGUCAUGUGUCAAGCUCUUUAAUGUGUCACAUGUCAAGCUCUUUAAUGACAAAUUUAAACCAGAGUUUUUGUAUUUAUAAUGUAAUCAAGCAUGAAGCACGUUAUUCUUGUAUGUUAUAUUAC